AUGUCCACAAUCUCCGAUAUCAAAAUUGUUUGUGCCGAGAACAUUGCUAUAUCCUACCUACUUCGAAACGUACCGGCGCCACCAUCGAGGAACCGCACUCAUUGUCAAACCGUCUCCGGAAGGCGCUCUACAUUAUCUUUUGAUACAGAGCGUAAACUAGCCAGCACACUAGCAUUUAUUGCACAUAGCAAAGAUGACGUCGAACAUAUCCCCGCUUUAUGCCUAGAGGAGGAUACUGAUUCAGGUAGCCUGAACGUCAUAUUCGCCGUGAAUAAAGCGAGUUAUAAUGAUGGAGAGGAUACGAUUCGCUAUAUUAAGCAGGGCUUCGAACGAAUAUUCGCAAUUCUCGCGACUGUCUCUAAGUCAACUCGCUAUCGAGAGACAGGGAAUCAAAUUCUUACUGCCGUGGUUUCUAUGUGCUCAUCGCGCAUACUGUCUCGGUUGCGGAUGGCCUGUACAUCGAAAACUUCAACAAAACGCCCCUUGAAAGGCACGCUUCAGGAAGCCCUACUAGCUGUGAAGACUAUUAGGCGGAAGUUGAAUGACGGAAACCUAUCAAAGACCGCGGACAACUUCACCCAAAGAGCGAAGGAAGUCGAGAAACUCCUGGACUCAUGGUCCCAAUAUCAGGUCGAUACACGUUUAGUGGAGGUUGUGGAAGGCAUUCAUCAACUACAGCAUAUUUUGGGACUCUCUGACCUGUUUGGCAUCAUCCCAAAUCGGGACAUGAGCCCCAGCGCAAGGAGAAGUUUGCUCAACAUUGUUAGCAAGGUCAGCAGGUACUGGGAAGUCGCUAGGUAUCUGUACCGUACGGCAAAGAAAUCUCCGUUGGCUCGCGCAAUGAGAACAAUCCCCGUUCGACUCCCUGAGGAGGCGUUUGCUUCUCCUGUAAUUAAGGGUUAUUUUCCUGAGUUGCAAUCCAAAAUCGCCGAAGCCAGCCCAAGGGGUAGUCAGCAGAAGCUCCUAAGAGAAAUUUGCGCAAUAUUGAAGAAUAGUCAGCAGCAAGCUAUCGACCGGUACUCUAGCCAGGUCAUACGAACCUUAAGAGAGGCAAAAAUCCAUGCCGAGAUCCAGUUGAUAGCCCACUGCGAAUUGAAACACCCGACAUUGUUGCCACGAGUAAUCUGCUCGAGCAAGGAUGCCUGCUUUCUUUGCAACUUAUGUCUCCAGUUGUAUCAGAAGAUAUACAUGCCAAAAUCUCACGGGCGACUAUAUCCAGGUUGGCGGAUACCUUGUAUACCACAACUUGCCGAGCUAGAGCAAAGAUUUUCUCAGGCUUUAGGUGACCAUUUCAGAGAGACCUGUGUCGCGCUAUUGUCAACUCACCAGAAAGUCAUCUAUCCAGACCCAAAUGAAAGUACCUUGUUCACACUUCCAUUAUCUAGAACAACAACAAGGGCUUCAAUAUCGUCCAAGGCAACAAGAGCGGGCAGCCGUAUCUCGCGGCUACCUGAUUCAAGCAAGAUUGUCGGUGUCAGCGAUCCACGUACGGAGAAUAUGGCGGAUAUGCCACCGGGUAGUCCGUCCCCAUCACAUGACUGCGCGAAGUCAAUAGGGAAUGAGUUAAAGUAUUCCACAUUGGUCCAAGGAUCGAAGAACUUUGGAUGUCUAACCCCUGGAGAAUCGUCGUUUGUCUACAUAGUUGACUCCCUGCGCUCGCUGAAAAUCCAGAUCGAGCAUGCCACAGGUUCAAGUGAUCUUAAGUACUAUCUGAAGUGGUUGGGCGCUGAAGAAGCUGCGGAGGUUCGGGAGAAAGGUUCUUCAACCCUUGUGGUCGACACGGAGCACCUUGAAGGCGCGGUCACGCUCCACGAGCAGAACUCAUUGUACCUUAUUGCGAAGGACGCUAUACUGAAGGUCGGUUGGGCGAGUGGAGACAAACGUCUCCCCUUCUAG